GGUGAUUUACACAAGAUUUCGGCCUUAAUGGAUGUGCGACACACACCGUGUUCUCUGCCAUGGAGGGCAUGAGGAAGCUGCUGGAGGAAGAAGUUGAUACGUACAAGACAACAUGGCAGAGCCCAUCCUGAUCGCCAAUCUGACACGUGAGUGGGUGGCAAGCCUACGAAGGUGGCACCUGGAGCUCUUCUUCAUCCCCACCACCGUGGUCACGCUUGCCACCAUGCUGGUGAACCCCGUCCUCAUGGCGUGCAUCUUGGUGUCGCGUGCCUUACGACAGGAGACGCGCUACCUGCUGGUGGUCAACAUCCUCGCAGCGGACAUGCUCUUCCUCACCCUCAACCUGGCCAUUGUCAUCCUCAACGCUGCAGAGGCCGAGGUGCCGUGGCUGCUGUGCGAGUUGGUCACCGCCGUCACCGUCACGGCCUACUGCUGCGCCAUCCUCACUGUCACCCUCAUGGUGGUGGACACCUACGCCGCCGUACGUUGGCCGCUGCACUACCAUGAUCUUCUCCCGCCUGCUCGCACUCGCAGAAUCCUGUUAGGGGCUUGGCUGCUGGCGGCGACGUACCCCUUUACCCUGGUCAUCCUCAUGGAAGUGGAGAAGGGGAAUCCACAGGAAACGGUGGCCGUGUGCCUCGUCCUCAUUUCCCUGGGCAUCGUUCAGGCCAAAAACAUGGCAGGGAUCCACAUCUACUUCUUUGUCGCCGCUCUCAUCUGCACCGUGCUCAUCUUCUACUGCUACAUCCGCCUCUACAUGGUAACCAGAACCCAAGGCAUCUGGCAGAACCGCUUCUCCAGAGCACGCAUCACUCUCUUGGCCCACGGGGUUCUUCUCCUGCUUUACUUCACCCCUGGCUUCGUCUUUACCCUGGAGCUCCUGCUGUUUCAGAACAAAAACGUCAGUCAAGAUGUACGAGUGUGGGUGAGCACGGUUAACAUGUGUGUAUUCAUGUUGCUGCCCAGGGCCUUUGCUCCUUACUUGUACGGCCUGCGCUACCACGAGAUCUCUGAUACUCUGCUGCAGCUGCUGCACCGAAGACUCAGCCAGAUCACUGCAUCGUAG